AUAUAAGCGGCGCGGGGUCCUGCGGCGCUGGCUCGCUCGCGCUCGGGGAAAGCUGAGGCGGCGGCAGGGAAGCAGCAGCACGCAGAGCAGAUCAGCGAUGGCCGACUUCGACGCGUACGAUGACCGGGCCUACAGCAGCUUCGGGGGCGGCCGAGGGUCGCGUGGGGGUUCUGGCCUUGGCCCCCGGAAACAGAAGGAGUUACCGACGGAGCCGCCCUUCACAGCCUACGUGGGCAACCUCCCCUUCAACACGGUCCAAGGAGACAUUGAUGCCAUCUUCAAGGAUCUCAGCGUUAGGAGCGUGCGACUAGUCAGAGACAAAGAGACAGACAAAUUUAAAGGAUUUUGUUAUGUAGAAUUUGAUGAGGUUGAGUCACUUAAAGAAGCGCUGACAUAUGACGGAGCACUCUUGGAGGAUCGGUCACUCCGCGUGGACAUCGCCGAGGGCAGGAAACAAGACAAAGGCGGCUUUGGCUUUCGGAAAGGCGGCGGCCCUGAGGACAGAGGCAUGGGCGGUGGUCCCCGGGAAUCACGAGGAGGCGGCUGGGAUUCCAGAGAUGACUUCAGUGCUGGUGGCUUCCGAGAUGACGACUUCCUGGGAGGCCGAGGCAGAACGCGUCCCGGAGACCGGCGAGGAGGAGGCGGGGCCCCGCCCAUGGGGGGCACUGGCCGCUUCCGGGAUGGCCCUCCCAUGCGUGGGGCUGCCAUGGACUUCCGGGAGCCCACAGAAGAGGAAAGAGCCCAGAGGCCCCGACUCCAGCUGAAGCCCCGGACGGUUGCUACCCCCCUCAACCAAGUAGCCAACCCCAACUCUGCCAUCUUUGGCGGGGCCAAGCCAAGGGAGGAAGUCGUGAAGGAAGAGCAGGAAUGAGCUGGGCGGGAGCGUGAUGUGGGGGGGGAGGGAGGGAUGGGGGCGGUGGGGGGGGACUCAAGACUGCCCAGCGUGUCUAAUUGUGCUCGGAACAUGAGCCUUGCAUCCACCUUUCCUGGCAUCCGACACUUCUCCUCCUUGAAACGGAAAUGGGAAAACAUAACAAAGAAACAAAGCGAACCCCAAACCAGAGCUUGUGAAUGCAUGUCAGCUGUUUAACAAGUGGUUUUUUAGUAUGUUCUUGGCUUCUGCUGUAUCUAGUGCCUGCAUUUGUCUUCAGUUUUCUCCCCCACUCCCGCCCCCCGUUUCUCCCCCCAAAUCCCGGCAUUAUGGCUCUUAGCUAGUAAGAUGCUCUCCUCUUCUCCCAGAUGUGGGCUCCUGUAACCUGAGCUGCUUUCGCCAGCUGCUUCCUCAAUGGCGCGCUCUCUACGCCCAAGAUGCACGGGGUGGCCUUCGGCCCAGCUCUGUGCUGCUCUCCUCUGACCUCCGUGGUCUUCUCCACCCCACUGCAUGCUUCCCCCGCCUCCAGGGCCCUCAAACUCUGAAGAGGCCUGGCAGAGUCGGAGGCGCCCCGAGUCGUAGAGGGCAACCCCUGGAGAAUUGAGCUAGCAUCCGCGACACAGAAAUAAAUAAGAUCCUCCUCCUCUAGCCACCAGGUACCACAAACAAUUUAUAGAAGAGCCAGAUAUGUGGCUUUCCCCCGCCCCCGCCAGGCAGCUCAACAAAUCUAAAACGGCUCCAGGGGCCAGGAAAGGCCCCCCCAAGCAAAGCGCUGUCAGCACAAGCACAGCAUAUCAGCACUGCACAGGCUCAGUGCUCCAGCAACUAUCUCUACAUGUGGGAGACGUGGCCCCCUGGUUUUUCUUCAUCUCUGCCUGCAUCCCGGGUUCUCAAACUUGGGUCCGCCAAUGUUGCUGGACUACACCUCCCAUCAUCCUCUGCCACAGCGGACAGCGGCCGUUGUGACGGAGGGUGAUGGCAGUUGUAGUCGAGCCACAUCUGGAAACCCAAGUUUGAGAACUCCUGACCUAUGUCAUUUUCAGUGGCACUUAUAGGUCGGUGCUUUUAUGCAUGUGCCUACUUUCGCACUCAAGGAUGGUCUCUUCCAGCUCUCUUCUUUCAGAUUUUCUUGGGGGGGGGGCGACCUCUGCGAACCUCUUUUUUCAAACCUAGUUUUCCUUCAAACCAGCCGAGUUUACUUCUGGUUUCUGGGAGGGUGUGCUUAAGCUCAGCCACUCCAGCCUCUGGCACACUGCCUGCCGUGGUGACUUGAGUUUAGAUUUAGCCUCCCCAAAAGAGGCCGGGGUGGGGGGAGUUUUACGGUCUCCCUUUUUGGAGUGCUGAGCCCACAGAGGCCUGGCGAGCAGCGUCGGUCGUAACCUUCACUUCUUCAUACCCAGAAGAUUCCACUGGCAAUGGAUGGAGCCCGGACGCUGGCAGGGAAAGAUUGCCGGACCGUUGCAGAAAAGGUUGCAUCUACACAGCCAGGGUUGUGUAGAAGGCUUGUUCCCUGGUUAUUGCAUUCAGCACCAAUUCUGGACGUGCAACCUGCUAUGCCCGGCAUUGACGCUGGGUUUUGGGUUCUAACUUGGGCUACUCCUGCAAACUUUAGUGUGUUCAACAUGGCAGGGGCAUGUUCCUUGUUUCCACGCCUCCCACUUAAAAUCAAAUAGGUCCCAUGUGUAAAAACAGGUCUGGAACUGGAGAUACCAAUUGGCAAAUAUCCCUUUAUUUGGUUGGGAGGGCCUGCCCCACCCCCCUGCAAUUCACCAAAAAGUCAAUUUCUCGCCCUCCCCAGUCUUUCAGUCUAUUACUGAGCAUAAGAACCAUUUGUCUAACACUACCUUUCUUUGAGACAUGCAUUUUGUGUGUGUGGUUGUGUUCCAGUUGAAAUCCAUCCAGCCUCUCUUCCGUUCUACAUGUGGAAAGAAAAGUGGCGGGGGGGGGUUAAUUCCCAAGAUUUUAAGAGCAAACACAAAUUUAGACUCGCGUGCAAAACUUACUUAUAGUCAAUCCGGUUGACUUUUAAAUGUGUAAAAGAGAAGUUUCCGAACACUUAACACAUUCUGCUUCAUGACAAAAGUAAAUUUAUGGAUAUGGUAUUUUGUGAAUGAUCUUUUAAAUAAAGAAAACAUUAAGUAGUA